AUGCCGUGGAUGCUUUACGCCCACGACGGCCGAAGGGCGCUUUUCGCCCAGAAGAACUUGGGGAAAAAUGAUGGGACUAGUGUCCGGUCGGCGCCGGACCAUUUCGAAUGCCACCGAUCGUCCGGCGAGGGAACGGAUCCCCAGGAAGAUGACACUCUCGUGGUCGAGCCCGAGCAGGGAAACGUCCUCUCCCACAUUAUAUCCCAGCUGAGGCCCGGCGCCGACCUGAGCCGGGUGGUGCUCCCCACGUUCAUCUUGGAACCGCGUAGCAUGCUGGAACGGAUUACCAACUUCAUGUGCCACCCCGAAAUGCUUCUUCCGAUUCCCGAGAUCGAUGACCCCGUUCAAAGAUUCGUUGCCGUCGUCAAGUUCUACCUGAGCGGUUGGCACAUUCGUCCGCCAGGAGUGAAGAAGCCCCUGAAUCCUGUUUUGGGCGAAAUCUUCACCUGCUAUUGGGACUUCCCCGACAACAAGCGGGCCUACUACAUUGCUGAGCAAACGUCGCACCACCCCCCAAAGUCGAGCUACUUUUACAUGGUUCCGGGUCACAACAUUAGGGUCGACGGGACACUCAAGCCGAGGAGCAAGUUUCUGGGCAACUCCGCUGCCAGCAUGAUGGAAGGCACGGCCAUACUGUCGAUAUUGAACCGCGGCUCGGAUCCCUCCAAGGGCGAGCGAUACAUCCUCACACAGCCGAACAUGUACGCCAGGGGCAUCUUGUUCGGCAAGAUGAAGUACGAGCUCGGCGACCACAGCUUUGUGCGGUGCCCGGAGACGGGGCUAUCCGCCGACAUCGAAUUUAAGACCAAGGGCUGGGUGAGCGGCACCUACAACGCCAUUGGCGGCGUCAUCAAGAACGAUCUCACCGGCGAAGUCCUCUACGAACUAUCAGGGCUGUGGAGCGAGGAAAUGUUCCUCAAGGAUGUGAAGACCGGGCAAAAAGAGAUGUUCUUCAACGCGUUAAAAUCGAAGCCCAGCCCUCCCCUCUGCCGCCCCAUUGAAGAGCAAGAAGAGCGGGAAUCGCGGCGGCUGUGGGCCAAGACGGCGCAGGCAGUCAAGGAGCGCAAUCACGAGCUCGCGACCGAGGAGAAGACCAAGAUCGAAGAGGUGCAGCGCGAAGAGGCCGCCAAGCGAGCCCAGGACGGGGUUGAGUGGCACCCUAGGUUAUUCCGGGCAGUAAAGGGCGGCCCCGGCGGUCCGGAUGAGGGCCAGGAGGAUCUCGAGUGGAUCAUUAAUGCCACAAUAAACGGAUCAACAACCGAAGAGCAAGCGGCGCAGAUCAUGGCCAUCUACCCGAUAGUGAAGGGGCAGAAACCCAAUCAGAAGAACGCGAUACCCCCUAGAGCGUCAUUAGGCGAGUCAUCGGCAGGGCAUACAGCGCCGCAGAGCGGCGAGGCCGACCUGAUAGAUCUUGGCGACGACGGGUCAACAUCACAGCGGCCGUCACAAAAACAGCCGCGAGCCUUGGCGAGCCGCAGCCAGGACGGCCCUCUGCUCGAUUUCCACAAGGACAUGGAGAAGGACCUGCCGGGAAGCAUCAAGAGGACUGAUUCGACCGAGUCGGACGACGAUUUUGUUGACGCUCAGGGGUAAGGUACGUGCGAAUUUUUGGCUCGUUACCCAAGCAACGAACCCCUUCCCACGCCAAUGGUGGGUGAAUCACCAAAACGCGGUCUGGCAUUUAGCGAUUGGGGUGGCGGAGUGUGGUGGCAUUGGGUGCCGUGCAUUCGCCAGCUGAAAAUAUCAGAGAUGUCGUAGUCGGCCGGGUUGAGCUUGUAGACGUGAUACCUCACCUUAGAAUUACUUGCAUUAUAUAUAUAUAUAUCCUUAUCUGCAG